UAGACUCAGAAACAAACCAAAAUUGUGUGUUUAGCCGCUAAAUACCGGAAUUUUGUCCAAAUGGGGAGAUAUAAAUGUUCUGCUGAUAUGUGCGAGAGCUCCAGCGAAUCAGAUGUAAAGUUUUUUAAAUUUCCGCUGUGCAACAGUCGAAAACUGAAGAAAUGGCUCGCCAACAUGAAGUGUAAGGACUGGACUCCAUCUCGCUUCUCUGUGUUGUGCAUUAAUCACUUUGAGGAGAAACACAUCGACAGGACGGGAAAGUGCGUAACACUGCGAGAGGAUGCAGUUCCCACCAUAUUUCAACCUCCUGACAACACCAAGAAAAGGAAGAAGGCUUCCACUGAUCUAGGAAGUAAAAAGGUGAAGGCGCCUCGUUUUAAAGCCUCACAGACAAAUCCUGCUCCAACAGCCCCCCCUGCAAUGACCAUGGCCGGUGUCCAAAAUGAAGCCCCCAGUGACACAGAAGAAGAGCCUUCUGGAGACCCACAGAAACCUGAAAGGUGGAGAAUUAUAGUAGAUCAUGGACUGAUGAAGAUCAGUUCAUUUCCACAUUUCUUCCACGGAGAUUACUGCGUCCCACAGGACAUUCAGUGGGCUCCAGAUGACAACUCCAGUACAGACAAUAAAGAUCCUGAAAACAUCAUCGAGGUGAAAGAGCCGUGGGAGUGGCUCGGCCUGGACGUCAGGGGACCUUUGCCUCAAACAGUCAACGGACACAAGUACGUCUUGACCGUGACAGACUACUUCUCGAAAUGGGUGGAAGCUUUGCCAAUGGAGUUGUGUCUCCCUGUGCACGUGGCGAAGCACAUCGUGGACAUCAUCGCCCACUUCGGUUUCCCGUUCAGGAUCCUGUCCAGACUCCCUCAUGAUAUUGUCCAAAAAAUCAACAAAGAGCUGAAGGAUCGGCUGAAGGUCAGCGUUGCUCUCGUUGUCCAUCAUCAACAAACUGGUUCAGCAGAUUUAAUCACGCAGCAGCUCAUUGACAGGAUGGUAAACAGUCUAGUUGAGGAGCAUGCAGCUGACUGGGAUGUUUACCUGCCUGCCAAAGUUUUCAGUUUGUGUUUCAAAGAGCAUUCAUCGACCAAAGAGAGGCCUUUUUCACUGCUCUGCUGUACUGGAGUAGAACCUGUCAAAUCCCCCAGAGGACUUAAUUUUACCUACUCCAAGAUCAGAGACAGUGCAUUUGUGGUCAGAUAGACACAUCUGUACAUCUGUGAGUUGAUCAUACAAUGUCUAAAUUAUUAUAUUUAGGUCAGUCAAACUGGAAACAAGUGUACAUAAUCAAACCAAGAUGGAAGGAUCCUUUUCCAUUGUGUCAACACCUUGAAUUCAGGUUUACUUCAUCUUUUAAGAGGGAAACGUGAUAUUUGUCUCAGGAGGACAACUUUCAGAGAAAGGUUUUGAGGAGAAAACUGGACUUCUUCGACAUCCGCCUCUCUGUAAAAGACUCUUCAGUUCAGAUUUUUAGAAUUCCGCUUAUUAGAAAGUCAUGUUUAGACUUAAAGGGAUUUUCAUAUAUUAUUUCAUUUUCGUUCUUCAUAUUGCACUGCGAUUGAAUUUUUUUGUUCGCAUCAUCUCUGUGAUGAUCAUUUUUGUAAAAUUGCCAUUUUUCAAUAAAAUUGUGCAAAU